GUCUUGCACGUGACCUGUGCGCCUGUUCCUGAGGAGUUUCUGGACCAGAACGUGGUGUUUUUCCUCAGAAAUAUAAAAGAGCCCAUGACAGAAGCUACAGACAUGCGGGAGGCUAUGGAAGUGAUGCCCGAGAUCCUGGAGUAUGGCGUUAUAAAUGCCAGCGUACUGCUCUACCUGAAGAAUGUUCUCGGCCAGGUGUUCCUCCAGGCUCUGUCCUUCAAUCAGCACAAGCUGGGUUCAAGCAUGGGCACGCUGGAGAUCUCUGCAUCUUCCAUGUAUGAGUUCAACCUCCCCUCCAUGCCGGGGGAGGCAGUGGAGUACCACAGCGUGCAGCUGAUACGGGACGAGUUCCUGAUGAACAUCCACAAAUUCAUAAGUCACAUCCAGAGGACCAUGCAGCAGCUUGAAGGGGAGAUCAAGUUGGAGAUGCCCAGCGUCAGUGUGGAGGGAGAGGUGUCUGAGCUGGCCGCUGACCAGGAGACAGUGGAAAUCCUGGAGCAGUGCGUCAUCAACUGGCUGAAUCAGAUCUCCACGGCUGUUGAGGACCAGCUGAAGAAGACCCCCCAGGGCAAUGGCCCCUUGGCGGAAAUCGAUUUCUGGCGGGAACGGAACGCCACCCUCAGUGCCCUCUGUGAGCAAACGAAGCUCCCAGUCGUCAGGAAGGUCCUGGAGGUCAUCAAGGAGUCGGACUCGAUGAUUCUGGUCAAUCUUCAGCCAGUCCUGUCUGAGCUCUUCAAGCUGCACAUGGAGUCCUCUGAUAACGUGCGCUUCCUCUCCACGGUGGAACGCCACUUCAAGAACAUCACGCACGGCACGGGCUUCCACGUGGUCCUGGAGACCAUCCCGUCCAUGGUGAGCGCCCUCCGCAUGGUCUGGACCAUCUCCCGGCACUACAACAGGGACGAGCGGCUGAUCCCGCUCAUGGAGCGCAUCGCCUGGGCCAUAGCCGAGCGGGUCUGCAAGGUGGUCAACCUGCGGACGCUGUUCAGAGAAAACCGAGCCAGCGCCCAGCACAAAACGCUGGAGGCCAAGGAAACCCUCAUGCUGUGGAAGAAGUCCUACUUCGACGUGCGGGCCAAGAUCGAGGCUUCGGGCAGGGAGGCGCGGUGGGAGUUCGACCGGAAGCGGCUGUUUGAGAGGACGGAUUACAUGGCGAGCAUCUGCCAGGACCUCUACGACGUGCUGCAGGUGAUAGAGGAAUUCUAUACCAUCUUCGGUCCAGAGCUAAAGGCCGUGACCGGAGACCCCAAGCGCAUUGACGAUGUCCUGUGCAGAGUAGACAGCCUGGUCAGCCCCAUGGAGAACCUGACCUUCGACCCCUUCAGCAUCAAGUCCUCCCAGUACUGGAAAUACGUGAUGGACGACUUCAAGAUCGAAGUCCUGAUCGACAUAGUGAACAAGCUGUUUGUGCAGAACUUGGACAACCCACCUCUGUGCAAGAACCACCCUCCGGUGGCCGGUGCCAUCUACUGGGAACGCUCGCUCUUCCACCGGAUCAAACACACCAUCCUCCGCUUCCAGGAGGUGGCGGAGAUCCUGGACAGCGACCGGGGCAGGGAGGUCAAACAGAAGUACUUGGAGGUGGCCAAGAGGAUGAAGGACUAUGAGGACCGGAAGUACGAACAGUGGCGAGAGCUGACCGAGCAGGUCCUCCCGAACCUGAUGAAGAAGAGUCUGCUGACCAAGCCUGCCACCGUCUCCGACGAGGCCCCCAGCUCCGAGCGCGGCGUGGUGUUUGUGAUAAACUUCUCUCCCACCCUCAGAGAGAUCAUUAACGAAACCAAGUACUUGGAGCAGCUGGGCUUCGUGGUCCCCGAGCUCGCCAGGAACGUGGCUCUGCAGGAGGACAAGUUCCUUAGGUACACAGAUGGGAUCCAGCGCGUGCUGGACCACUACCACAAACUCCUGGGAACUCUGAACGAGGCCGAGUCUGUCCUUCUGGAGGAUCAUUCCCAGGAACUGGUCCGCGUGUUCAGGUCUGGAUACAAGCGGCUGAACUGGAACUCCCUCGGCAUCGCUGACUACAUAAAUCGGUGCAAACAGGCCAUCGGGAAAUUCGAGUCCCUUGUCCAGAAGAUUCACAAGAAUGCGGAUGACAUUUCCUCCAGGCUCUCCUUGAUAGAGUCCAUAAAUCUCUUCAAAUACCCGAUCCCCAAGAACGGGGCAGAACUUCCAGGGGUGAAGGAGUUCUUUGAGCACAUUGAACAAGAAAGGGCCAAGGAUCUGGACCACAUGGCCAGGUGGUAUCUUGCCAUUGGACCUCUGCUGACCAAAGUCGAGGGUCUGGUCGUCCACACCAACACAGGCAAGGCCCCCACACUGGCCUCCUACUAUGAAUUCUGGGAAAACAGAAUUUACGAAGUCCUGACAAAGCUCAUCCUGAAGAACUUGCAGUCCUUCAAUUGUCUCAUCCUGGGGAACGUCCCCUUGUUCCAAACGGAGACCAUCCUGAGUGCCCCCGAGAUCAUCCUACAUCCCAGCACCACUGAGAUUGACAAGAUGUGUGUCCACUCCGUCCGCAACUGUGUGGAGGUCACCAAGCAUUUUGUCCGGUGGAUGCAUGGCAGCUGCAUCGAGUGCCCCCCUCAGAGAGGAGAAGAGGAAGAAGUUGUCUUGAUAAGUUUCUUCAACGACAUUUCCCUGAACCCCCAGAUCAUCGAACAGGCGGUUAUGAUCUCCCAGAACAUGCACAGAAUCCUCAUCAAUCUCAUGAAGUUCCUCCAGAAGUGGAAGCGUUACCGGCCGCUCUGGAAACUGGACAAAGCCAUUGUGAUGGAGAAGUUUGCAGCCCGGAAACCGGCCUGCGUGGCUUACGAUGAGAAGCUGCAGUUCUACUCCAAGAUCGCCCAGGAGGUGGUCCGACACCCUCUGGUCAAGGACGAGCACUGCAUCCGCCUGCAGCUGGGGCCGCUGGCCAGCACAGUGCAGGAGACCGCCAAGUCCUGGGUGGUGUCCCUGGGGAGGCUGCUCAACGAGUCCACCCGGGACGAGCUCCACUCCAUUCACGAGGAGAUCGAGCUGCUGGCCAAAAACUUGAAGAAGUCCCCCAGUACGCUGGAGGACCUCAAGUUUGUCUUGGCGACGAUUUCAGAGAUUAAAAGUAAAUCUUUGAUCAUGGAACUAAGAUACCGGGAUGUUCAGGAGAAAUAUCGAACUUUGGCAAUGUAUAACGUUGCUGUGACCGAUGCUGAGAAGGACAUGGUGGACAACAUCGAAAACCGAUGGCUGGCGCUGUUGAACGAGUCGGUGAACGUAGAGCACACGCUCGGGAGCAUAAAAGGGAUUUUCACGGAGAUCACGCGAAGCGAGAUUUUAAACUUCAGGUGUCAGGUAGAGGAAUUCGCAAAGCAUUUCUAUGCGGAAGGCCCUGGUUCUGUGGGGGCAGAUCUUGAUAAAGGGAUGGAGCUCCUCGGCAUUUUCGAGAAGGAGCUGGGGAGGCACGAGCGGAACCGGCAGGAGCUGGCCAACGCCGAGAAGCUGUUCGACCUCCCGAUCACCAUGUACCCAGAGCUGUUCCAGGUGCAGAAAGAGAUGAACGGCCUCAGGAUGAUCUACGAGCUCUACGAGCAGCUCAAGGCUGCCAAAGAAGACUGGUCUCAGACCCUCUGGGUCAACCUGAACGUUCAGUUCCUCCAGGAAGGGAUCGAUAACUUUCUCAAGACCCUUCGGAAGUUCCCCAGGCACAUCCGCAGCCUGUCGGUGGGCUUCCACUUGGAAGCCAAGAUGAAGGCAUUCAAAGACUCAAUUCCGCUUCUUCAGGACCUGAAACACGAAGCGCUGAGAGACAGGCACUGGAAAGAGCUGAUGGAGAAAACGGGCGUCUUCUUUGAGAUGACGGAGACCUUCACCUUGGAAAACAUGUUUGCAAUGGAGCUGGACAAGCACACGGACGUCCUCAAUGAGAUCGUCACGGCCGCCAUCAAGGAGAUUGCCAUCGAGAAGGCUGUGAAGGAAAUCCUGGACACAUGGGAGAACAUGAAAUUCUCCGUGGUCAAGUAUUUCAAAGGCACCCAGGAGCGAGGCUACAUUCUGGGGUCUGUGGAUGACAUUAUCCAGACCCUCGAUGAUAACACUUUCAACCUGCAGAGCAUCUCAGGAAGCAGAUUUGUGGGGCCUUUCCUGCAGACUGUUCAUAAAUGGGAAAAGAUACUUUCUCUGAUUGGGGAAGUGAUCGAGAUCUGGAUGCUGGUUCAGCGAAAAUGGAUGUACCUGGAGAGCAUUUUUAUCGGUGGAGAUAUAAGAUCUCAGCUUCCAGACGAGGCCAAGAAAUUUGACAACAUCGAUCGAGUAUUUAAAAGGAUCAUGGCGGAGACGCUGAAGGACCCGGUGAUCAAGAAGUGCUGUGAGGCCCCGAACCGCCUGAGUGACCUGCAGAACAUCAGCGCGGGCCUGGAGAAGUGCCAGAAGAGCCUCAAUGACUACCUGGACUCCAAGCGCAAUGCCUUCCCCCGCUUCUUCUUCAUCUCCGACGACGAGCUGCUCAGCAUCCUGGGAAGCAGCGACCCGCGCUGCGUGCAGGAGCACAUGAUCAAGAUGUUUGACAACAUUGCAUCCCUGAGGUUCAACGACGGGGAGAGCAAUGAGAAACUCGUGUCGGCCAUGAUCUCGGCGGAGGGCGAAGUCAUGGAGUUCCGGAAGAUCGUCCGGGCCGAGGGGCGCGUGGAGGACUGGAUGACCGCGGUCCUGAACGAGAUGAGGAGGACCAACCGGCUGAUCACCAAAGAGGCCAUCUUCAGAUACUGUGAAGACAAAAGCCGGGUUGACUGGAUGCUGCUGUACCAGGGCAUGGUGGUGCUGGCCGCCAGCCAGGUGUGGUGGACCUGGGAGGUGGAGGACGUCUUCAACCAGGUGAAGCUCGGGGAGAAGCAGGCCAUGAAGAACUACGGCAAGAAAAUGCACGAGCAGAUCGACGAGCUGGUGACGCGCAUCACGAGGCCCCUGAGCAAGAACGACCGGAAGAAAUACAACACGGUGCUCAUCAUCGACGUGCACGCCCGCGACAUCGUGGACGCCUUCAUCAGGGGCAGCAUUCUGGAAGCCCGAGAGUUCGAGUGGGAGAGCCAGCUACGCUUCUACUGGGACCGGGAGCCGGACAUGCUGAACAUUCGCCAGUGCUCGGGCACCUUUGGCUACGGCUACGAGUACAUGGGCCUCAACGGGAGGCUGGUGAUCACCCCGCUGACAGACCGCAUCUACCUGACCCUCACGCAGGCGCUGUCCAUGUAUCUGGGGGGUGCGCCGGCUGGCCCAGCGGGCACCGGUAAAACCGAGACCACCAAGGACCUCGCCAAGGCCCUGGGCCUGCUCUGCGUGGUGACCAACUGCGGCGAAGGCAUGGAUUACAAAGCCGUGGGGAAGAUCUUCUCGGGCCUGGCGCAGUGUGGGGCGUGGGGCUGCUUCGACGAGUUCAACCGCAUCGACGCCUCGGUGCUGUCGGUCAUCUCGUCCCAGAUCCAGACCAUCCGCAACGCCCUGAUCCACCAGCUGACCACCUUCCAGUUCGAGGGCCAGGAGAUCUCCCUGGACCGGAAGAUGGGCAUCUUCAUCACCAUGAACCCGGGCUACGCCGGCCGCACGGAGCUGCCCGAGUCCGUGAAGGCCCUGUUCCGGCCCGUGGUCGUCAUCGUUCCUGACCUGCAGCAGAUCUGUGAGAUCAUGCUCUUCUCGGAGGGCUUCCUGUGGGCCAAGACGCUGGCCAAGAAGAUGACUGUCCUGUACAAGCUGGCCCGAGAGCAGCUGUCCAAGCAGCACCACUAUGAUUUUGGCCUCCGGGCCCUGAAGUCGGUGCUGGUGAUGGCGGGGGAGCUGAAGCGGGGUUCCUCGGACCUCAGGGAGGACGUGGUGCUGAUGCGGGCCCUGCGUGACAUGAACCUGCCCAAGUUCGUGUUUGAAGACGUCCCUCUCUUCCUCGGCCUCAUUUCCGACUUGUUCCCGGGGCUCGACUGCCCUCGCGUUCGCUACCCCGACUUCAACGACGCUGUGGAGCAGGUGUUGGCGGAGAACGGCUACAUCGUCUUACCUGUGCAGGUGGAUAAAGUGGUGCAGAUGUUCGAGACCAUGCUGACACGUCACACAACCAUGGUGGUGGGGCCCACCGGCGGCGGCAAGUCCGUGGUCAUCAACACGCUGUCCCAGGCCCAGACCAAGCUGGGGAUUCUGACCAAGCUGUACAUCCUGAACCCCAAAGCUGUGAGUGUCAUCGAGCUCUACGGCAUCCUGGACCCCACCACCCGGGACUGGACAGACGGGGUGCUGUCAAACAUCUUCCGGGAGAUCAACAAGCCGACAGAUAAGAAAGAGCGAAAGUACAUCUUAUUUGAUGGUGACGUGGACGCUCUGUGGGUGGAGAACAUGAACUCUGUCAUGGACGACAACAAACUGCUGACGCUGGCCAACGGGGAGCGAAUCCGGCUUCAAGCCCACUGUGCUCUGCUCUUUGAGGUUGGAGAUUUACAGUAUGCCUCUCCCGCAACCGUGUCACGAUGCGGGAUGGUGUAUGUGGAUCCUAAAAACUUGAAGUACGAACCCUAUUGGAAAAAAUGGGUUAAUAAAAUACAAAACAAGACAGAGCAAGGCGACUUGCAGCAGCUCUUUGAGAAGUACGUGCCCUACCUCAUCGAUAUGAUAGUGGAAGGAUUAGUGGAUGGGAAGCAAGGAGAGAGACUCAAGACCAUAGUUCCUCAGACGGACCUCAACAUGGUAACCCAGUUAACCAAGAUGCUGGACGCGCUGCUCGAGGGAGAGAUAGAAGACCCCGACUUUCUGGAGUGCUGCUUCCUGGAGGCGCUGUACUGCUCUCUGGGGGCCUGUCUGCUGGAGCAGGGCAGGGGGAUGUUUGACGACUGCGUAAAACACCUGGCUUCAAUGCCGACGAUUGACACAGAAGGAGUCUGGGCCAAACCCGGGGAGCUGCCAGGGCAUCUUCCUACCUUGUACGACUUUCACUUUGAUUCCAAAGAGAAAAAAUGGAUCCCGUGGAGUCAACUAGUUCCCGAGUACGUUCACAGUCCUGAAAAGAAGUUUGUGGACAUCCUGGUUCCCACAGUGGACACCACCCGCACCAGCUGGAUAUUGGAGCAAGUGACUAAAAUUAAGCAGCCUGUUCUUUUCGUCGGUGAAUCAGGCACCUCAAAGACGGCUACUACCCAGAACUUCCUGAAAAAUCUUAAUCAAGAGACAAACAUCGUGUUGACGGUCAACUUCUCGUCCCGCACCACCUCCCUGGAUAUCCAGAGAAACUUGGAAGCCAGUGUGGAAAAGAGGACCAAGGACACGUACGGCCCGCCCACGGGGAAGCGCCUGCUGGUGUUCAUGGACGACAUGAACAUGCCCAAGGUUGAUGAGUACGGCACGCAGCAGCCAAUCGCCUUGCUGAAGCUGCUCCUGGAGAAGGGUUACCUGUACGAUCGGGGGAAGGAGCUGAACUGUAAAAGCAUCCGGGACCUCGGCUUCAUCGCCGCCAUGGGGAAGGCCGGAGGCGGGCGCAACGAAGUGGACCCGAGGUUCAUCUCACUCUUCAACGUCUUCAUUGUACCAUUUCCUUCGGACGAGUCUCUGCACCUCAUUUAUUAUUCCAUCCUGAAAGGCCAUACACUGACGUUUCACGAGAACAUCGUGGCCGUGACCGACAGGCUGACGUCCUGCACCUUAGCACUCUACAAAAGCAUCGUCCAGGACCUGCCGCCCACCCCGUCAAAGUUCCACUACAUCUUUAACCUCCGCGACCUCUCGCGGGUCUUCAACGGUCUCGUCCUCACUAAACCAGAGCGGUUCCAGUUGGUGCCCCAGAUGGUGAGGGUCUGGAGGAACGAGUGUCUGAGGGUCUUCCACGACCGACUGAUCAACGAAACUGAUAAGGAACUGGUGCAAAACCACAUACGAAGCUUGGUGGAGGAGCAUUUUCACGAGGACCUGGAGACAGUCAUGAGAGACCCCAUCCUGUUUGGAGAUUUCCGGCUGGCCCUGCAUGAGGACGAAGAACGAGUCUAUGAAGACAUCCAGGACUACGAGGCGGCCAAGGCUCUGUUCCAGGAAAUUCUCGAAGAAUAUAAUGAAAGUAACACCAGGAUGAACUUGGUUCUCUUCGAUGAUGCCUUGGAGCACGUGACCCGCGUGCACCGCAUUAUCCGCAUGGACAGAGGCCACGCCCUGCUCAUCGGCGUCGGGGGCUCGGGCAAGCAGUGCCUUGCCAGGCUGGCGGCCUUCACAGCGGGCUGGGAGGUAUUCGAGAUUCUUCUGAGCCGCGGCUACUCUGAGAAUAACUUUCGAGAAGAUCUGAAGACCCUGUAUCAGAAGCUGGGGCUGGAGAACAAGACGAUGAUCUUCCUGUUCACAGACGCCCAUGUGGCAGAAGAGGGCUUCCUGGAGCUUAUCAACAACAUGCUCACCUCAGGCAUGGUGCCAGCACUCUUCCCGGAAGAUGAGAAGGAGUCCAUCCUGGGGCAGAUCGGGCCCGAAGCCCUGAAGCACGGGAUGGGACCGGCCAAGGAGUCGGUGUGGCAGUACUUCGUGAACAAGAGCGCCAACAAACUGCACAUCGUCCUCGGCAUGUCGCCGGUUGGGGAGACCCUGAGGACGCGCUGCAGGAACUUCCCAGGUCUGGUUAAUAACACGGGCAUCGACUGGUUCAUGCCCUGGCCGCCCCAGGCCCUGUAUGCAGUGGCCAAGUCCUUCCUAGGGAACAAUUCGAUGAUCCCAACGGAAAACAUAGAAGAGCUGGUCCAGCACGUUGUGUUGGUGCACAAAUCCGUGGGGGAGUUCAGCAAACAGUUCCUGCAGAAACUUCGACGCAGCAACUACGUCACCCCCAAGAACUACCUGGACUUCAUCAACACGUACUCGAGACUCCUGGACGAGAAGACGCAGUAUAACAUAGCUCAGUGCAAGCGUCUGGAGGGCGGGCUGGACAAGCUGAAGGAGGCCACCCUACAGCUGGACGAGCUGAACCGGAAGCUGGCCGAGCAGAAGAUCGUGCUAGCGGAGAAGUCUGCGGCCUGUGAAGCCCUGCUGGAGGAGAUCGCCUCCAACACGGCCAUCGCGGAGGAGAAAAAGAAGCUGGCCGAGGAGAAGGCCGUGGAGAUAGAGGAGCAGAACAAGGUGAUCGCCGUGGAGAAGGCCGAGGCCGAGACGGCGCUGGCUGAGGUCAUGCCCAUCCUGGAGGCCGCCAAGCUGGAGCUGCAGAAACUGGAUAAGUCCGACGUGACGGAGAUCAGGUCCUUUGCGAAGCCCCCCAAGCAGGUGCAGACAGUCUGCGAGUGUAUCCUCAUCAUGAAAGGCUAUAAGGAGCUCAACUGGAAAACCGCCAAGGGCAUGAUGUCCGACCCCAACUUCCUGCGUUCCCUCAUGGAGAUAGACUUCGACUCCAUCACCCAGAGCCAGGUGAAGAACAUCCGAAGUCUCCUGAAGACGCUCAACACCACGAUUGAAGAGAUGGAGGCCGUGAGCAAAGCUGGCCUGGGAAUGCUCAAGUUUGUGGAAGCCGUCAUGGGCUACUGCGACGUGUUUCGGGAAAUCAAGCCCAAAAGGGAAAAGGUGGCCAAGCUGGAGCGGAACUACUACCUCACCAAACGGGAACUGGAGAGGAUCCAGAGUGAGCUGGCCACAAUCCAGAAGGAGCUGGAAGCGCUGGGGGCCAAGUACGAGGCCGCCAUCCUGGAGAAGCAGAAGCUGCAGGAGGAAGCGGAGAUCAUGGAGCGCCGGUUGAUCGCUGCCGACAAGCUCAUCUCCGGCCUCGGCUCGGAGAAUGUCAGGUGGCUGAACGACCUGGAUGAGCUGAUGCACCGGCGUGUGAAGCUGCUGGGGGACUGCGUGCUGUGCGCCGCGUUUCUGAGCUACGAGGGUGCCUUCACCUGGGAGUUCCGGGACGAGAUGGUCAGCCAGGUGUGGCAGGACGACAUCCUGCAGCGGGGCAUCCCGCUGAGCCAGCCCUUCCGCUUGGAGAGCCUGCUCACGGACGAGGUGGAGAUUAGCAGGUGGGGCUCCCAGGGACUGCCGCCCGACGAGCUGUCCAUUCAGAACGGCAUCCUCACCACCAGGGCCAGCCGCUUCCCCCUGUGCAUCGACCCCCAGCAGCAGGCCCUCAACUGGAUCAAGAGGAAAGAGGAGAAAAACAACCUUCGGGUGGCCUCCUUUAACGACCCUGACUUCCUGAAGCUGCUGGAAAUGUCCAUCAAGUACGGGACCCCUUUCCUGUUCCAUGACGUCGAUGAGUACAUAGACCCUGUUAUCGAUAACGUCUUAGAAAAGAACAUCAAGGUCUCUCAGGGCCGGCAGUUUAUCAUCCUCGGAGACAAGGAAGUGGAUUACGACUCGAACUUCAGGCUGUACCUAAACACCAAGCUGGCCAACCCCAGAUACAGCCCGUCGGUGUUUGGGAAAGCGAUGGUGAUCAAUUACACUGUGACCCUGAAGGGCCUGGAGGACCAGCUGCUGAGCGUGCUGGUGGCCUUCGAGAGGAGGGAGCUGGAGGAGCAGCGGGAGCACCUCAUCCAGGAGACCAGCGAGAACAAGAACCUACUCAAGGACCUGGAGGACUCCCUGCUCCGGGAGCUGGCCACCUCCACAGGGAACAUGCUGGACAACGUGGAACUGGUGCAAACGCUGGAGGAGACCAAGGCCAAGGCCACCGAGGUGUCGGAGAAGCUCAAGCUGGCCGAGAAGACGGCCCUGGACAUCGACCGGCUGCGCGACGGCUACCGGCCGGCGGCCAGGAGGGGCGCCCUGCUCUUCUUCGUCCUGUCCGAGAUGGCCCUGGUCAACUCCAUGUACCAGUACUCCCUGACCGCCUUCCUCGAGGUGUUUGGGCUGUCCCUCAAGAAGUCCUUGCCUGACUCCAUCCUGGUCAAGCGGCUGAGGAACAUCAUGGACACGCUGACCUUCAACAUCUAUAACUACGGGUGCACGGGGCUGUUUGAGAAGCACAAGCUGCUCUUCUCUUUCAACAUGACCAUCAAGAUUGAGCAGGCGGAGGGGCGUGUGCCGCAGGAGGAACUCAACUUCUUUCUCAAAGGCAACAUUUCCCUGGAGAAGAGCAAGCAUAAGAAGCCCUGCAGCUGGCUGGCCGACCAGGGCUGGGAGGACCUAAUCCUGCUGUCAGAGAUGUUCUCCCAGCACUUCGGGAACCUUCCUCAGGACGUGGAGUCUCACCAGGCUCUCUGGAAGGAGUGGUACGACCUGGAUUCCCUGGAGCAGUUCCCCUUCCCCCUGGAUUAUGACGCCAACAUCAGCCCCUUCCAGAAGCUGCUUAUUCUGCGCUGUUUCCGCGUUGACCGGGUAUAUCGGGCGGUGACAGACUAUGUGACCGUGACAAUGGGCGAGAAAUAUGUGCAGCCCCCCAUGAUCAGCUUUGAGGCCAUCUUCGAGCAGAGCACCCCAAACUCACCCAUUGUCUUCAUCCUGAGUCCGGGCUCCGACCCUGCCAGUGACCUUAUGAAGCUGGCCGAGCGAUCUGGCUUUGGAGGGAACCGCCUCAAGUUCCUGGCCAUGGGUCAAGGUCAGGAGAAGGUGGCACUGCAGCUGCUGGAGACGGCCGUGGCUCGUGGCCAGUGGCUGAUGCUGCAGAACUGCCAUCUCCUGGUCAAGUGGCUCAAAGAUUUGGAGAAGUCGCUGGAGAGGAUCACCAAGCCGCACCCCGACUUCCGCCUGUGGCUCACCACAGACCCCACCAAGGGCUUCCCCAUCGGGAUCCUGCAGAAGUCCUUGAAGGUGGUCACAGAGCCGCCCAAUGGGCUGAAACUCAACAUGCGAGCAACUUACUUCAAGAUCUCUCCGGAGAUGCUAGACCAGUGCCCACACCCCGCCUUCAAGCCCCUGGUCUACGUGCUGGCCUUUUUCCACGCAGUGGUGCAGGAGAGAAGAAAGUUCGGGAAGAUUGGCUGGAACGUGUACUAUGACUUCAAUGAGUCAGACUUCCAGGUCUGCAUGGAGAUCCUGAACACAUACUUGACCAAAGCCUUUCAGCAGAACGACCCUAGGAUCCCAUGGGGCAGCCUCAAGUACCUAAUUGGAGAGGUCAUGUAUGGAGGACGGGCCAUCGACAGCUUCGACCGGCGCAUCCUGACCGUCUACAUGGACGAGUACCUGGGGGACUUCAUUUUUGAUACUUUCCAGCCAUUCCACUUCUUCCACAGCAAAGAAGUCGACUAUAAGAUCCCGCCGGGCAAUGUGAAGGAUAGUUUCGUAGAGGCCAUUGAGGCGCUGCCCCUGGCCAACACGCCUGAGGUGUUCGGGCUGCAUCCCAACGCCGAGAUUGGCUACUAUACGCAGGCGGCUCGUGACCUGUGGACGCACCUGCUGGAGCUGCAGCCUCAGACAGGGGAAUCCAGCAGCGGCAUCAGCCGCGACGACUACAUCGGCCAGGUGGCCAUGGACAUCGAACACAAGAUGCCCAAGGUCUUUAAUCUGGACCAGAUCAGGAAGCACCUGGGCACAGCCAUCUCUCCCACGUCAGUGGUGCUGCUGCAGGAGCUGGAGCGCUUCAACAAGCUCAUCGUCCGCAUGUCCAAGUCCCUGGCCGAGCUCCAGAGGGCCCUGGCUGGAGAAGUCGGAAUGAGCAACGAGUUAGAUGAUGUGGCCAAGUCUCUUUUCAUCGGGCAAAUCCCGAAUAUCUGGAGAAAGCUGGCGCCGGACACCCUGAAGACCCUGGGGAACUGGAUGGUGUACUUCCUGCGCCGGUUCACCCAGUACACCUCGUGGGUCACGGACGGUGAGCCCAACGUGAUGUGGCUCUCGGGGCUGCACAUCCCAGAGUCGUACCUCACGGCGCUGGUGCAGGCCACCUGCCGGAAGAACGGCUGGCCGCUGGACCACUCCACGCUGUUCACACAGGUGACCAAGUUCCAGGAUGCGGAGGAAGUCAAUGAGCGGGCAGGGCAAGGCUGCUUCGCCUCAGGCCUGUAUCUGGAAGGUGCCGACUGGGAUAUAGAGAGGGGCUGUCUGGUCAAGAGCAAACCCAAGGUGCUGGUGGUCGACCUGCCCAUUCUCAAGAUCAUCCCCAUCGAAGCCCAACGCCUCAAGCUGCAGAACACCUUUCGGACCCCUGUCUACACCACCUCCAUGAGGAGGAACGCCAUGGGCGUGGGCUUGGUGUUCGAGGCCGACCUCUUCACCACUCGGCACAUCUCCCACUGGGUGCUGCAGGGCGUCUGCCUCACCCUCAAUUCUGACUAG